AUGGAGCUGCAGGACAGGAGUGCUGAGGUGCAGAGGCUCCAGAAGUCAUUGGCUGAGCUACAUGGGCGAGAGAUGGAGUGGGAGAGAGAGACAUCUGCCCUGCAGGGCCAGCUGGGCCGUGCCAGAGAGGAGCUCCACAGCGCCAUCCUCAGGAGGCAGGCACAGCAGCAGAAGGAAGAGCUGUUUGGUGAGCUGCAGAGGGAGGUGGACAGACUGAAGAAUGAGAGACAGGAGAUGCGAAAAAAGCUUUGUGGUAGAGAAGAGGAGCUGAAGAGGCUGAGAGACGAGCAGCAUCAGCUCAAGGACAAGGUGAGGGAGAGCGAUGUGCAGGCUGUGUGGCUGCAGAGCCAGGCAGACGUGGUGGGUCGGGAGCUGUGGGAGGAGAGUGCCCAGCGGGACAGGGAGCUGUGGGAGUGGAGGGACCGCUACCAUGCUGUCUCAGAGGGACUGCGGCUGAGGGAGGCUGGGCUUGAGGAGGUGCAGAGGGCCAGGGACACGGCCCUCAAAAGCCUGAGACUACAGGAGGAGAAGACCCACAGUCUGGGGGCCCAGAGGCAGGAGCUGCAGCACAGCCUGGAGGGCCUACAGGACAGGCUUGCCCAGAAGGAGGAGAUGGUCGUGGCUCUCAGAGUGAAGCUGCAGGACCAUGAAGAAGACGCCCGUGUUCUCCGCCAACAGCUGCUCUCCUCCCAAGAUGCACUGCAGCAAGUUACUGCCGAGCUGAGGUCAUGUAAACGAGAGAGGGAGAAGCAGGAUAGCCAGUGUGUGGAGACAGAGGAGAGACUGGCUGAGAUCAGAGCUGAUCUGGUCCAACUACAGCAGCAGUAUACCACCUGCUAUGCCCAGCUGGUCCAGGAGGAGGCUGGGGUGGGCAGGCUGAGGGAGGAGCUGCGUGAGGUGGGGGAACAGAGGGACAGACUGGCCUUUCAGGUGACAGAGAACCAGGACCUGAGCCAUGACCUGGACCUGCUCAAUGAGAAACACAAGGCUGCACAGCACGAGGUGACCAACAGGGAUGAGACAGUGCUGAGACUGACCACAGAACUGAGGACUGCCCAGGAACAUCUGAAAUCAGCUCAGGAUGAGCUGUCAGUGCAGGCUCAGCAGGAGCAGGCCCUUGGAGAGGAGGUGCAGAGGCUGCAGAAGGAGGUGAGCUGUCUCCAGGGCAGCCUGAGUCAGAGAGAGGAGGACAUGGAGUCACAACUACAGACAACUGGCCAGCUACAGCAGGAGAGGAACAGCCUGCUCACACAGCGGGACAACCAGCAGGGGGCAGUGUGUGUUCUGCGUGGGGAGCUGCAGCGGUGGCAGGCGGAGGCCCGGGCUCAGCAGGAGAGCAGGGAGGAGGAGGUGUUGGGGCUGAGGGCUGAGCUACAGGAGACCCAGGGCAGGCUGCAGCAGUGUAGAGCAACCAUGAAGCACCUCCGCUCUGACCUGGAGCAGGCCCAGAGACAUACCAGGCAGGCAGAGGAGGAGGCAACUGAUAGGGAGAACCGUCUGCGGGGCCAGGAGGCAGAGUUGUCCAGGCUGAGGGCUGUGCUGCAGGAGGCUGAGAGCAGAGCAGCGGACACAGAGACCAGGCUGCAGGCCCUGACCCAGUCCUUGGAGCUGUACAGGGUCAAGUACCAGGCCUGCCUCACCAAGAUCUCCCAGCAGGACAGCACUCUACAGGCCCAGGACGAGGACCUGAAGGAAGCCAGGGCUCAGGUGGUGGAGCGGGACGAGCAUGUGCUGCGUCUGUGUGCCCAGGCGUUGGUGUUGCAGGGGGAGCUGAAGGCCCACAGUGCCCAGCUGGAGAGCGGGGAUGACGCCCUGAGUGCCCUGAGCCAGCACCUCCGAGACACCCAGAGAGACCUGGAGUCCAGCCGCAAACACAGCCAGGAGUGUGAGAUGGUCAUCAGCACUAUGAGAGACAGCACUGCCGCACUGAGACAACAGGUGGAGGAACAGGAGGAGAGUGUGGUGAAGAGCCAAGCUGAUUUCUCUGUCUACAGAGCCAGUCACAUCCACUCUGACUCAGACUACGACUCGCAGCUCUGCCGUAUCCAGGAACUACAACAGUGGGGCGAUCCAUCAGGCUGUCAAGCAGGCCCAGUGUCAGCUGGAGUGGCUGGCGUGUCAGAGGAGCGCCCGCGCUGCGCUGACGUGAUUUACUGCCCUACUCCCAACGCACGCAGCCACCGCUCCCCGCUCCACUCCGACUCAGCCCAGAUUGAUUACCCAGCCCGGCUGGCCCACGAUGCCCGCCAUCUUCUGGCAUUCUCCCAGACCGUGGAGCAGUGUGCCCAGGGUAGCCAGGACCUCAGUGUGUGCCAGUCGGAGGUUCGUCAGCUGAGAGAGGAGGUGUCCAGACUCACCCAGCUCAAGGACAGCACUGUGGCAGAGGUGCUGUGGCUGCAAGAGGCUGGGAGGCAGCUCCAGGCAGAGACCAUGAUGGAGGGCCAGCGCAGGCUGGAGGAGGUGGGAGCUCAAGAGCAGAGGGCUGCCAGGCUGGAGCAGGACCUGCAGGCCGCCCACACCCAGUGUGUCAAGAGACAGCAGGCGGUGCAGAAGCGGGAUAACCUCCUGAGGCGUUCGGAGGCUGACCUGCUGGAGGCCCGGGAGACUCUGAGGAGUCGGGCUGUGGAGGUGGAGCGGCAGGCGGCUGCAGCCAGGGGCCUGGAGGCUGACGUCCAGAGGGCCAGGAGGGAAGGACAGCAGAGAGAGGCAGAGUGUGGCUCUCUCAGGACCCAGCUGAUGACCCUCAUGGAGGAACUAAAGGAGGCCCAGGGACGCUGCAGGGACACAGCACAGGAGCUGGCUCGUCAGGAGGAGAAGGUGUUGCUGGUGGAGGGGGGGCAGCAUCGGGCACAGGAACACCUGGCAGAGCGGGUGGCAGAGGUGGUGAGGGCAGAGCAGGCCCAGAGAAAGCUACAGGCAGAGCUACGCACCUUAAAGGAGAGACUCUGCACCACAGAACAUGAGCUGCAGGGCUACAGGACCCAGGUGGAGAGUCUGAAGAAGGAGGCAGGGGAGAGCAGGCAGGCCCAGCUCAGUGCUCAGCAGGAGGCCAACACACACCAGCAGGGGGCUCAGCAGCUAGAGGCAGAGCUGACCAGCACCAAGGACACACUCAGGACUCUACAGCAGCAGCUGCAGGAGCAGGCUGAUGCCAGCCGGGCACUGCGGGCAGAGCUGUCCCAGGAGCAGGACAGGCAGCAGGAGCUGCAGGAGAGGAACCAGGGGGCCAGGGAGAGAGAGGCCCAGCUGGAGUCAGAGAGAAACCAGCUCAGAACCAAUCUGGAAGCAGCUCACAGCCAGCUGAAGGAGCGGGAGAGGACUGUGGGGUGCCUGCAGGACCGUGUGGUAGAGCUGCAGAGCACCACCCAGAGGCUGCAGGAGGAACAGACAGCCUGCCAGGCUCAGCUGCAGCAGUGCAGGAGGGAGCUGGAGAGCAGGGAGGGCCAGAGCCAGAGCCACAGCCAAGAGAUGAGUGUCCUUCAGGAGACAGUGUCCAGGCUGAGGGAGUGUGUAGAGGAGGCCCAGGCCAACAGCAGGCAGGGGACCAGGGACACAGCAGCAGCACAACACAGCCUCAGAGAGCUGAGACUGGAGCUGGCCUCCACCCAGGCUUCCCAUAGAGAGAGCAUGGAGCUGAUGGCUGAGCAGAGUGGUGAGGCUGCAGGUCUACGUAGUGAGCUGUCCCGCCUGCAGCAGAGGAGCUCCCAGCUGUCAGAGGAGAGAGGGGGCCAGGAGGAGAGGACCAGGCAGCUGGCUGCAGAGCUCCACAGACUACGCACUGCCAGCAGACAGUCACUGGACGAGACUCGGUCCUGUGAGGGCAGGUUGGCAGAGCUGAGUGCCCAGCUGGGGAGGUCUCAGCGCUGGGGCCAGGAGCAGCUGGUAGCCCUGGAGGUCCAGGAGGAGGAGGUGGUGCUGAUGAAAGUGGAGAUGGCUUCUCUCAGGGAGAACUACCAUGUCAAGGUGGCCCAGGUGGAUGCCUUACACUCACAGCUCCAUUCCAUGGAGCACAAGUACAGCACAGCAGCUAAUGAGGUGGAGGUGUUGCGCCAGUCUCUGGGUAACGCUCGUUCAGACAGUUCUCUUCUACACAGGGAGAGUGAGCUGGUGGUAACCAACGUCAACCAGUGGGUGAAGGAGCAGAAGCAAGGCAAUGAAAAACUGAACUUCAAGAUCAAAGACCAGAGCAAAAAGAUCAUCCAUCUCACUGCAGAGAAGGAUCACCUGCAGGAGAGUGUGGAGGGUCUGCAGGAGGAGAUGAAGAGGCUGAAGGCUGAGCUGGAUGAGAGCAGGAUUGAAGCCGAGAGGUUCAGGGCCUCUCAAGCCAGUAUGAGUGACCAGCGCCAGCGCAGUGCCCUGGCCAGACUUCCUGUCCAGCUGCUCCACACAGAAUCUGCUCUGACUGCGAGAGGAGCUUUGAGUGGUCAAGGAGACAACCUGUGGAGGAGGAAAACUCUGGCUGCCAAUCUGCAUCUGCGCUAGCCCCAGACGCAGCCUGUGCCUGCCUGGCAGGAAGGGGGGCCACGUUUGCUGCGGAGGUGGCCAGAAGAGUGGCCCUUAGGGCCCUGGAGCGCAGACCCCUGCCAUGUGGCCACCACCGUUGGAGCAGACCCGCUCUCUCAGCUGGAACGGGCCACGCCCUACACAUCUCAGGGAGGGACACUGGUGGGUGCUAGUAUGACCCAAUGAGAAGGGAAGUACAGGUAGUUAUUAUGACUCAAGAGAAUACAGCACACAAAUAUAUAUAUUUGAUUUGUAGUUUGAUAGAUAUGAAUACAUGAUUGUUUUAUAUUUAAGAUUAUUUAAUGAGAAUACUAAACUUGAAUAAUUUAAUUUCUUUGGUAUUUUCAGUAUAUCCUUUUUUCCCUAAAUCUUAUCUUUGUGGCACAAUAUGUUCCCUUUCCUGUGUUCUCGAUUACUUAUUGUGAUUUUGUGGCACUACUACCUUUGCCUUACAAUUUAUUGAGAAAUCGGCUCAGUACUUAGAUUGUAAUUUACAACUUUAUGUAUGAAUGUACAGAAAAUCUGUUGUGAAUAAGUAGACAAUCAUAAUGUAGAACUGGGCUGAAAGAGUAAUGGUAAGAGAUUACAAUCUUACCUGUACAGUAUCUGGGUUCUUCCACCAAUUCGGUGCCUUUUUAGAAGUGUAACUUGUGAUUUCACAAAAUGUUGACAUUCUGUCCUAAAGAGCACAUGUUCAACACGUUGCCAUCUCAAGAGGUUAAAUAAAAAAAUUACUAUAGUUAGUGCCUAUUAAGUACCGAAUAAAUUCUCUGGGUUGUUCAUAUCAGGGUUGACCGUAACAGGGUUGAUCGUAUCAGGGUUGACGAUCUCGUCUUAAAUCAGCCAUAAAUCCCCUCGUGACAGUGGGAAUGGAAGCUUGUUGUGUGCAACAGGGAGUGGCAAUUGAAUGCAAGCUUCAC